AGCCGGAUGACGAGCAUGCUUAAAAGCCUGCGGAGGAGCUGAUCCUCCUGUCAGCUCUUCUUUUCAAGUCCGAGCAGUAAACACAAACUGAAGUCAACAUGGUUGAGUGGAGCGACAAGGAGCGCGGCAUCAUCAAUAGCCUCUUUUCCACCUUGGACUAUGAAGAUAUCGGCUCCAAGACUCUGUCCAGGUGUCUGAUCGUCUACCCCUGGACUCAGAGGUAUUUCGCCAACUUUGGACCGCUGUACAGCGCCGAGGCCAUCACAACCAACCCCAACAUCGCAGCCCACGGAGUGAAGAUCCUGCACGGCCUGGACCGCGCUGUGAAGAACAUGGACAACAUCAAGACAGCUUACACUGAGCUGAGUGUGCUGCACUCUGACAAGCUGAAAGUGGACCCCGACAACUUCACGCUGCUGUCCGACUGUCUGACCAUCGUCAUCGCAGCCAAGAUGGGCAGCGCCUUCACCCCAGAGACCCAGGCCACUUUCCAGAAGUUCCUGGCUGUGGUGGUGUCCGCUCUGGGAAAGCAGUACCACUAAAUCACCAACCUAUACCUCGGAGAGAUCUGAAGUCUGUAUAGACACCUGUGUCAACUGUGACCUGUCUCCUCAAACAAAAUAAAAUAAAAACUCACCAAACCAAA